AUGGUUAUAUGGGUAGACCGGACAGUAGAAGAAUUAAAUCAUCGCUCCGAUGAAUUAGAAAAAUUAGAAUUAAAAUUGAAAAACUUAAAUAAUAGAGACGAACUGUCAAGUAAAGCGUUACAGGAAUACAUAGCCUUUAUGAAUAAUGUUCUAGAACCGGGGAGCGGCUACACUCUGCGUAUGGACUCGCCGCGGCCACCGACCCGGCCUGCCGCGCCGGACUCGCCCGCGCUGCGCGCCGCCCUGGCCGCGCCGGGCUCGCCCGCGCUGCGCGCCGCCCUGGCCGCGCCGGGCUCGCCCGCGCUGCGCGCCGCCCUGGCCGCGCCGGGCUCGCCCGCGCUGCGCGCCGCCCUGGCCGCGCCGGGCUCGCCCGCGCUGCGCGCCGCCCUGGCCGCGCCGGGCUCGCCCGCGCUGCGCGCCGCCCUGGCCGCGCCGGGCUCGCCCGCGCUGCGCGCCGCCCUGGCCGCGCCGGGCUCGCCCGCGCUGCGCGCCGCCCUGGCCGCGCCGGGCUCGCCCGCGCUGCGCGCGCUGUUCGCGUCACGCGCCGCCCGCGCGCCCGAGCUGCGCGGCGACGCCCCCGCCUCCGGCCUUGGGGACCCGGCGCCCCUGCCGCCAUCGUCACCACCGAGCCUCGUCGAGCAGGUUCCAUCGGGGCCGGGCCUCGCCGAGCCGACUCCAUCGCUGCCGUGCCUAGUCGAGCCGGCUCCUUCACCGCCGAGCCUCGUCAAGCUGGCUCUAUCGCUGCUGACCUAUGUCGAGCCUGCUCCAUUACCACCGAGCCCUGUCGAGCCAGCUCCAUCAGCGUAUCGUCCUGUCUUGGCAGCUCCAUCGCCGCCUCGCCCUGUCUCGCCAGCUCCAUCGCCGCCUCGCCCUGUCUCGCCAGCGCCAUCACCGCCUGGCCUCCCCUCGCCAGCACCCCCGCCGCCUCGCUUCGGGCCGUGCUGUACUCGGACGAGGUGGGCGCCGGCCUCGGCGUGCUGCUGGCGCAGCGCUUGUCGCAGGGCGUCAUCAACGACUGUCACCCGGGAGCCUCUGUCGAUCGUCUGA